CACAGAACUGACAGGGGAAAACAGGAGACCAGGAAGAAUGAAAGGGAAAGGGGAAGGAGCCCUGGGUCAGAGAGAAAAACCAUCAUGAAGACCAGAGUUUAAUGGGACCACAGAGAGACUUUCUGCCCACUGAUACUGCAUGCAAUGGAUAUGCAGAAUCAGACCACAGUGACUGAAUUUAUCCUGACUGCCUUCCCUAUGAUCCCAAAGCUUCAGAUCUCCCUCUUUGUGGUCCUCCUGUUUACUUACAUGCUAACUCUAACGGGAAAUACUGUCAUCAUUUCCUUAAUCUGGGCUGAUAAUCGCCUCCAAACCCCAAUGUACUUCUUCCUCAGUAAUUUGUCUUUUUUGGACAUUUCAUACACUACCUCAGUUACCCCAAAGCUGUUAGCUUGUCUCCUAGAGGACAAAAAGACCAUAACUUUUGUGGGCUGCAUCACUCAAACAUACUUCUUUUUUUUCUUGGGGACAGUGGAGUUUAUCCUUUUGGCGGUGAUGUCCUUUGACCGCUAUGUGGCCAUCUGUAACCCCCUGCGCUAUACUAUCAUCAUGAACAGCAGGGUCUGCCUCCUGCUGGUUCUAGGCUGCUGGGUAGGAGCCUUCCUCUCGGUACUGUGCCCAACUAUUGUGGUGUCCAGACUGCCUUAUUGUUAUAGAGAAAUUAGUCAUUUCUUCUGUGAUAUUGCCCCCCUGUUACAGGUGGCCUGCAUAGACACUCAUUUCAUUGAGAUGAUAAACUUUCUCUUAUCCUCCCUUGUCCUUCUGUCCUCCUUGGUAUUCACCAUUGUGUCCUACACCUACAUCAUCUCUACCAUCCUGCGCAUCCCCUCAGCCCAAGGCCGUCGGAAGGCCUUUUCCACCUGUGCUUCUCACAUCACAGUUGUGUCCAUUGCCUAUGGGAGCAACAUCUUCAUGUAUGUGAGACCCAGCCAGAGCCACUCACUAGAAUUUGACAAGGUGACGGCCGUCCUCACCACAAUGGUGACCCCUCUUCUGAACCCUUUCAUUUAUAGCCUGAGGAAUGAAAAAGUAAAAGAAGUUUUGAGAGACACAAUCCACAAAAUUAUGUCCUUAUGGCACAAGAGAACUUGA